AUGACGGCCACUCUUGCAUACGUUUUGGAGAAGGCGAAUGCGCCUUUUGUUCUUCGGGAUGUUGUUCUCGAUGAGCUGCAACCGUCUGAAGUCCUCGUUGAGAUAAAGUAUACGGGACUAUGUCAUACGGACAUCGUCGUGCAAGAAGGUGGCAUGCCAAUUGGCCAUUUCCCUGCAGUCCUGGGUCACGAAGGCGUCGGCAUAGUCAAGCAAAUAGGCUCUGAGGUCCAAGACAAAUCUCUCCAACCAGGCGACACCGUAAUCCUCUCAUUCCAUACCUGCCGCAAAUGCAAGGCCUGUCUCAAUGACCAACAUGGCAGUUGUUCGCGUUGCACAGAGACAAAUUUCUUACAUACUGCGCGCGCAGACGGAUCAUCACCUAUCUCUUUACCGGAUGGUACAUCCGUUCAUGGUCAAUUCUUCGGGCAGUCAUCAAUGAGUAAAAUGGCAGUCGUGGCGGAGAAUUCCGUCGUCAAAAUCCCGGCUCAGACUCAGGCUUCGGAUCUGCAGUAUCUAGCUCCUUUCUCAUGUGGAUACUUGACCGGCGCAGGCACAGUUUUGAACGAAUUCCGACCUGACCCCGAUACCUCCAAGGUUGCAAUCAUUGGCAUGGGCCCCGUGGGCUUUGCAGGGUUGUUGGCUGCCAAAGCCAUUGGCGUCAAGAACCUAAUUGCAAUCGACAUCGUGGAUUCAAAACUGGAAAUAGCAGCUUCACUUACAGGAUCACAUACAGUCAACAGCCUCAAACCGCCCGGUGGCAGUCUAUCUGAAAAGAUAUUGGCAAUAUACCCCGAAGGCGUGGACUACAUUAUGGAUACUUCCGGUCGUCCACAAGUACUUCAAGACGCCGUAAAGGCACUGGCGCAUGGAGGCACAUUGGCGCUUGUGGGUGUGCCGCCACCAACGGGUACGAUUGAAGUGAAUGCGUUGGAUUUGUUGGUUUCGUGUAAACGGAUUGUAGGGGUUAUUGAGGGAGCUGCGAACCCUAAGAAGAUACUGCCUCAUCUUAUCAACCUCUUCAAUGAAGGCAAAUUCCCUGUUCGGGAACUUACCAAGAUUUAUCCUGCAAAUCAGUUGGAUAAGGCUAUUGAGGAUUUGAAAAGUGGAACAGUUGUGAAAGUUGUAUUAUCUUGGGAAGGCAUCUAG